AUGACAUCACAAUCAAAAGUACGUGAUUUCGUCAUUACAGGUAUUUCAACAAAAUUUCCCUAUCCAAAUCCUUAUGGAACUUUAACAAAUGAACAAAAUCGAUUUUCUCAACAAUCUAAUGGAUGUUUUUUUGACCCACAUUGUCCUGAAUGUAUUCGUGAAUUAUGGGGACCACUAUUAUCACCAUUUGCCUAUUUAAUUAAACAAAAUGCGGAAUAUUUCAAUGAAAUUAUCAUGCGAAUUGGACAAUAUAAAGUAAAUGCAAAAUCAAAUUCUUCUCCAAAAGUAUCAUUAGAGCCACCUAAACUUGAAUAUAAUGAUCAUAAAUUUUUAACAACAAUUGGUAUGUGUGCAUUUCGUACAUCAAAAGUUGGUUGGUUAAUGACUUGGACACUUGGCUUUUUAUUAUUGAUAUUAGCUAUUGCUAUACUUGUAUUAAAAGAUUCAUCUAUUUCACCUAUUAUUGUUAUUUUACGUAUGAAUGAAGCAGCUGAAUGGGGUAUGAAAAUUACACUUCAACUAAUGUUAGCAUCUUUACUCGGUCUAGUUGGAACUGCACAUCGAACUCAAAGUAUUAUGCUAGGAACUUUAAUAUUUCUUAGUAUACUCAUUUUAUUUGAAAUUGGUGCAGCCAUUUAUUGUGCUAUUGAAUGGUCAGAACUUAUAUCAGAUAUGGAAAAAGCAUUAACAAAUUCUUUUCAGAGGCACUAUGGUGGUGUAGACAGCGAUAGAAUAACAGAUGCUUGGGAUCGAAUUUUUCAAACUUAUGAAUGUUGUGGAUGGUUGAGCAAUGAUUUUACUAAUACACCAUGGAGUCCACCUGCAUUAAAUACUAUACCACAUUCAUGUUGUCGUCCAGGUGCAUCUCAUCCUGGAUGUGAAUCAAUUAUUGCUGCAUCAGCUGAAAACUAUGCUGAUCGAGAGUGCUCGGAUGCUAUUCGACAAACAAUAAAUUCCAAUGCUUAUGUACCAAUUAUGUUUUCUGCUAUAGGUUUUCUUAUUUUUAUUGAGAUUGCAUCUGUUGUUUUCACAUAUUUAUAUUCGUCAACAUUAAAAACUGCUAGUCGUCGUCGUCGUAGUCAUAAUGAAAGAUUAUUACAAAGUUUUCAAGGACGACUUGCUUCUUAUACUGAAGAAACUGUUAAUGAGAAACCUCCAGAUUUAAAACAAAUUCUUCCUCAACAAGGACAAACUGAAAUUGAUGAUCUUCAUCAAUUAUACAAUCAAUAUACAGCAUUUCAUCAAACUCCACCAAAUAUUGAUCCAUCAUUAAUGUCCAUAACACCAACAGUUAUUCAAGUAAAACGACCAAAUGUUUAUUCAUAUUUUUACUACGAGUAA